CACCACCGUCACUGUGUGUGUGUGAGUCACAUGACAGUCAAACAGCCUGUGCGUCUGAUCUGAUCCACAGCUAAUCAUCAUGCCGACCACACAGCAGUCUCCCCAGGACGAGCAGGAGAAGCUUCUGGAUGAAGCGGUUCAGGCUGUCAAGGUCCAGUCUUUCCAGAUGAAGAGAUGCCUGGACAAGAACAAGCUGAUGGAUGCACUGAAACAUGCCUCCAACAUGCUGGGUGAGCUGAGGACCUCCAUGCUCUCUCCAAAGAGCUACUACGAGCUCUAUAUGGCCAUUUCUGAUGAACUCCACUACCUGGAGGUUUACCUGACAGAUGAGUUCGCUAAAGGACGUAAGGUGGCCGAUCUGUACGAGCUGGUCCAGUACGCAGGAAACAUCAUCCCCAGACUGUAUCUGCUGAUCACGGUGGGCGUGGUCUACGUCCGCUCCUUCCCUCAGUCUCGUAAGGACAUUCUGAAGGACCUGGUGGAGAUGUGUCGCGGGGUCCAGCACCCGCUGCGGGGUCUCUUCCUCCGGAACUACCUGCUGCAGUGCACACGCAACAUCCUUCCAGACGACGGCGAGCAGUCAGAGGGUUCAGAGGAGAUGACCGGCGACAUCAACGACUCCAUGGACUUUGUCCUGCUCAACUUUGCAGAAAUGAACAAGUUGUGGGUGCGAAUGCAGCAUCAGGGCCACAGCCGAGACCGGGAGAAGAGAGAGAAGGAGCGACAGGAGCUGAGGAUUCUGGUGGGAACCAACCUGGUCCGCCUCAGUCAGCUGGAGGGCGUCAAUGUGGACAAGUACAAACAGAUCGUUCUCCCUGGUGUACUGGAGCAGGUGGUGAACUGCAGAGACUCGCUGGCUCAGGAGUAUCUCAUGGAGUGCAUCAUUCAGGUUUUCCCGGAUGAGUUCCACCUUCAGACCCUGAACCCUUUCCUGAGAUCCUGCGCCGAGCUUCAUCAAAACGUCAACGUCAAGAACAUCAUCAUCGCGCUCAUUGACAGACUGGCUCUGUUUGCUCAUCGAGAAGACGGUCCUGGAAUCCCAGCUGAGAUCAAACUGUUUGACAUCUUCUCUCAACAAGUGGCCACUGUCAUUCAAUCCCGUCAGGACAUGCCGUCAGAGGACGUGGUGUCUCUCCAGGUGUCUCUCAUCAAUUUGGCCAUGAAAUGUUACCCUGACCGCGUGGACUACGUGGAUAAGGUCCUGGAGAGCACGGUGGAGAUCUUCAACAAGCUCAACCUUGAACACAUAGCGACGAGCAGCGCCGUGUCCAAGGAGCUGACGCGGCUGCUGAAGAUCCCGGUGGACACUUACAACAACGUCCUGACGGUGCUGCAGCUCAAACACUUCCCGCCGCUGUUCGAGUACUUUGACUACGAGUCACGCAAGAGCAUGAGCUGCUACGUGCUGACCAACACGCUGGACUACAACACCACCAUCGUGGCGCAGGAACAGGUGGACGCCAUCUUGAACCUGGUGUCAACACUGAUCCAGGACCAGCCUGACCAGCCGUCAGAUGACCCCGACCCCGAGGACUUUGCUGAGGAGCAGAGUCUCGUGGGUCGUUUCAUCCACCUGCUCCACUCUGAAGACCCGGAUCAGCAGUACCUCAUCCUGAACACGGCCAGAAAACACUUUGGUGCCGGUGGAAACCAAAGGAUUCGUUACACACUCCCUCCUCUGGUGUUCGCUGCCUAUCAGCUGGCCUUCAGAUACAAAGACAACUCGUCAGUGGACGACAAGUGGGAGAAGAAGUGUCAGAAGAUCUUCUCCUUCGCCCACCAGACCAUCAGUGCUCUUAUCAAGGCCGAGCUGGCCGAGCUGCCUCUCCGCCUCUUCCUGCAGGGGGCGCUGGCCGCGGGCGAGAUUGGCUUUGAGAACCAUGAGACCGUGGCGUACGAGUUCAUGUCACAGGCGUUCUCUCUGUACGAGGAUGAGAUCAGUGACUCUAAAGCUCAGCUGGCAGCGAUCACGCUGAUCAUCGGGACGUUUGAGAGGAUGCGUUGUUUCAGCGAGGAGAACCACGAGCCUCUGAGGACUCAGUGUGCGCUCGCCGCCUCCAAACUGCUCAAGAAACCCGACCAGUGUCGAGCCGUCAGCAUCUGCGCUCAUCUCUUCUGGUCCGGACGCAGCACGGACAAAAAUGGCGACGAGCUCUUGUUUCCUGUGCGUGGUCAGAUCCGCGAUGGGAAGCGUGUGAUGGAGUGUCUAAAGAAAGCUCUGAAGAUCGCCAACCAGUGCAUGGACCCGUCACUGCAGGUGCAGCUGUUCAUCGAGAUCCUCAACAGAUACGUGUGUUUCUACGAGAGAGAAAACGACGCGGUGACGGUGCAGGUGCUGAACCAGCUGAUCCAGAAGAUCAGAGAAGAUCUUCCCAACCUGGAGGCGAGCGAGGAGACGGAGCAGAUCAACAAACACUUCCACAACACACUGGAGCAUCUGCGUCUGCAGAGAGAGUCGCCCGAGUCCGAGGGUCCGGCCUACGAGGGCCUGGUCCUCUAAAAGCACCACAGGUCUGAAGGACGUGACGUCCGUCCCAUAGAUGUUUCACUAUAUUAAGAAUAUAAAUCUACACACACACUCACACAAACACAUCAAGGUGAGGAAUGGAAAUAAACGACGAAUGAUAAAAGAA